UCAAUAAAUAUUGUGAAGGCUCGGGAGAUUCGGGAGCUCCGAACUUUUUUGUUCGCCUGCUUUGUGGAAAGUGAAGCUCGAGGGAGAGAGGAUGAAGGAAGAGGACGUGAGCUCGCAGAACGUAAACCCUAGAAGUAACCGGAACAGUGCCGCAUCGGCGUCGGCCUCCGUCUCCGCCGCAUACCUCCUCCGCCGCGCCAGAUCGCCGCCCCAAACUCCGGCUGCCAGCUCCGCAGGGGCAUCAUCUCCAGCAGUUCCGGUGAAUGCUGGUAGCGUGAACUGGUCAGGCCUGGGAUCUUCAGGGUGUUCAUGUAGACCUUGGGAUAGAGGAGAUUUACUUAGACGUCUUGCUACGUUCAAGCCUUCAAAUUGGCUUGGGAAACCCAAUGCGGCUAGUUCUUUGGCCUGCGCUCAGAGAGGCUGGGUCAAUACUGAUGUGAACAAACUUCAAUGUGAAUACUGCGGUGCAAACCUGCAUUAUCCUUCGCAGUAUUCGUUGAAUCAUCCUGAAGCCGAUAGCACUGGGGAAGAAUUCUCUAAACAGCUCGAUGGAGGGCAUGAGAGUUCUUGUCCUUGGCGAGGAAAUAGCUGUCCGCAAAGUUUAGUCCAGUUUCCUCCAACUCCUCCCUCGGCCUUGAUUGGUGGUUACAAGGAUCGCUGUGAUGGGCUGCUGCAAUUUUACUCUCUUCCAGUUGUUUCGUUAUCUGCCAUUGAGCAGAUGCAUGCUUCAAGGGAACCACAAAUUGACCGCCUUUUGUCACAACCCCAGCUCUAUGGUAACGUGGAUGUGAGUUAUAGAUUGGAAAAUGCCUCAGGAAUCGGAACCUCCAAAGAGGCACUCAGUGUUUACUCUCGUGCACAAAAGCUGAUAAGCCUAUGCGGAUGGGAGCCUCGAUGGCUUCCAAAUAUCCAAGAUUGUGAAGAACAUUCUGCCCAAUCAGCUAGAAAUGGAAAUCCUUCUGGUCCAAGUAGAGGUCGAGGUCAUCUUCCAGACCCUGGCCCAAGCAGGAAACAGCUCUCAGCUUCAUCCAGAAAGGCCUCUGGAAAUUAUGAAGGUCUGGACCCAGAAUAUAAAUCAGAGUCCAGAUCUCCUCUGCUGGAUUGUAGCUUGUGCGGUGUGACCAUCAGAAUUUGGGAUUUCUUGACCAUUUCUCGGCCAAUUCCAUUUGCACCUAGUAGUACUAAUCUUCCUGAAACAAGCAAGAAAAUGGGAGUCACACGUGGCAUUAGUGCAACUAGUGGAAUCAAUGGAUGGUUUGCCAAUGAAGGCGUGGGACAAGAGCAAAACGAAGAUGAUGAGGCUGCGACAUCAGAGAAAAAGAAAUUAGUAUCUAAUGUUGGUGUAAGUUCACAACAAGCUGCAGGUGGUGCAUCAUCCUCUGCACAGCUGAAUAUGUCAGUGACACCUUAUAAUUACCAAGUUAUGGACAGAGAAAGAGACCUGCUGCGGAGGCAGCCAUCUGGCAGUGAAGUUGGUGAUCGUGCUGCUUCAUAUGAAUCACGAGGGCCUAGUACUCGUAAGCGGAGUAUGGAUGAUGGUGGAAGCACAGCUGAUAGGCCUUAUAUAAGGAUGCAACAAGCUGACAGUGUUGAAGGAAUUGUUGUUGACUGUGAUGGUGAUGAAGUUAAUGAUGGUAUGCGGGAUUCAGCAGGUCCUUCAAAGCGUACUCGAGGCUCUAAUGUGUGCGAAACUUCUCGUCCUUUUUAUGGGCGAGAUUCUUCUGUUGCGGGCCCUAGCUGCUCUAUGGAUGCUGAGAUGGAAAAGGAAAUAAAUAGAGGUGAUCCAUUUAGUGACGUAAAUGAACAAGGUAUGGUUUUCCCAGGUGCCAGAGAUUCUACACAUGUCUCCUCUGUGAUUGCGAUGGAUACAGUUUGCCACAGUGCGAAUGAUGAUUCUAUGGAAAGCGUAGAAAACCGUCCCGGAGAUUUUGAUGAUAUAAAUUUCCCCUCUGUCGCAACAACCCAAAGUGUUGACUUGAAUGAUCCUUCAGAACUGAAUUUUAGCAAUCAAGCUCAGCAGAGCGCUUGCUUCCAACCAGCUCCUGUUCGAUCUAAUGCCGAACCAGGUAUUAGCAGCAUAAAUGAUGGUGAAGAAGUGCUGAACACAGAAACUGUCACUGCACAUGGGAGAGAUGGACUGAGUUUAGGUGUCAGCGGGGGUAGUGUUGGAAUGGGUGCAAGCCAUGAGGCAGAAAUCCAUGGAGCUGACAUUUCGUUCCAUAGGGGAGACUGUGUCAUCGGAGACAUGGAACAAGUUGCUGAAGUUAUCGAGAAUCUAGGGCAAAACGGUGAAUUUGCACCAGAACAAGGCCUUACCGAUGAUUUUGUGCUGCGGGGAAUGGAUCGAGCGGAUAGACAUGGGGAUAGUCAAGAUAGAGUGUCACAAUCUAUUGGAAGGGCUGACAGUGGCUCAAAAAUUGUUGAUUCUGUAAAGGCGGAAUCCGUUGAAAGCGGUGAAAAGAUGAGUAACAUGCAUGGGAUGGUGAAUGAAGAUAGUUUUCACCCUUCGUUGUCUUGUAAUGCCAUUGUUUGUUCCGCUUAUGAAGCAUCAAAGGAAGAAGUGACUCAGACUGGAAAGGAAUCUCCAUCCACUGCUGGUUUUGCGCUUCCCAGUUCAAGUUACACUGCCAAUGGCCAAGGGCCUCCAUAUGGGGAAAGCAAUGAUGAAGUCGUGGAGUUUGACCCGAUAAAGUACCACAAUUGUUACUGCCCUUGGGUGAAUGAAAAUGUGGCUGCUGCUGGUUGUAGCAGCAACAGCAGCAGCUCAAAUUCUUCGGGUUUCACUGAGGCGGUUUGCGGGUGGCAGCUGACUUUAGAUGCCCUCGAUGCAUUCCAGUCACCCGAGAACGUUCAAAUCCAGACAAUGGAAUCGGAAUCAGCUGCAUCUCUGUGCAAGGAUGAACACCGAGUUCCUCCUUCCCAGGGGCUGUUGAAACGCCAUUCCCUUAUCAGGAGCCAUGGAAAAAAGUAGGAAAUUUUGUUAUGAAAACGAAGAGCACAAAAGGUGUUCUUUGGGACUAAUAAGCUUGUGUUGCCAGACUCGAUUAGGUUCGUGAUCAAUCAUCACUAUAUAAACUCCAUUCUCGUGUUUCUUCUAUGAUUCGAAAUAAAGAAACUUUUCAUGAUUCUGAGAUCAUUAGCUUCUAUAAUUAUUGUGUAUUAACAGUAUAUUUGUCCCUUGGCGUUUGUGGUUGAGCGUUGUAGCAAGUUAAAAACGGCUGGUUUUCCCUUGGAUGCUUUGUUACUAGGAAUUUUUAGCCGUUUUAUUUUUACCUUUUUUUCUUUUCCUGAAUCAA